AUUCUGCUCAACUGCAGUGUUGAACUUUACCGGUAAAAGAUGAAGCUACAGCUCGGGGUAUUUCUCAUCGCCUGUUUGCUUUCCACUGUUUAUAGUGAAGGCUCAGUAGCGUUUUGCUAUAACUUGCCAACAUGCAAUGCUAGCACCUGGGCUACACUAGCACCACACGACUGCAACGGCACUAAUCAGUCCCCCAUCAAUAUUGUUACUGCUGAUGUGAAGCCUGAUAGCAACCUCACAGCCUUCAGCUUCAGAGGCUUUAAUGACAGCUCUGCCCUCAUAAACAUCAGAAAUAAUGGAAAAGCAGUGGAAAUCGAGCUUGAUAGUGCAAAGAUGAGCGUGUCAGGAGGAGGACUUCAGAGCCAGUACAAUUCCACACAGUUCCACUUUCACUGGGGCAACGGCUCCUCCGUUAACGGAUCAGAACACGCUGUGAAUGGCAGAAAAUAUGCAAUGGAGAUGCACAUAGUGAACCUUAGGACUGAUUUAACCACUGCUGCUGCUCUCAAUGACUCGAAGGGAUUUGCUGUUCUUGCUUUCUUUAUUGAAGCAACCAAUGACAGUGGCAAACCUGAGAGCUGGAAGAACCUCACCUCCUUCUUAUCAAACAUUACUAACAUCGGUGCAACUGUGGACAUUAUGAAUAUACUUUCUGUAGACAGUCUGAUUCAAGGAGUGAACCUGAAUAAUUAUUACCGGUACCAAGGCUCUCUGACCACACCUGCAUGUAAAGAAAGUGUGGUAUGGACUGUAUUCAAAGACACAAUCAAAGUCAGCAGUGAUUUGAUCAAUCUUUUCAGCAACACGGUGCGCAUCAACACAACAGCCGACCCAUUCAUCACCAACAACUUCAGACCAUUUCAGGCUCUGAAUACAAGGACUGUGACAUCACAACCAACAACAUCAAGCACAAUAUCAUCAGCAAGCACUCUGCAUCACACUCUAUUUAUCAGCACAGCUCUGCUCUACUAUGUAUUGUUCCUGUGUUUGUAGUCCCUUUCUACCAAGACACCAACAUGAUGAUAAGAGCAUUUGUUAGGUCUAGACACUUUUUUCCACUGAAUGUAUAAAUCAUACCUGAUCUACUUCAUGCGCACAAAUAUGUAAUAUUAAAUUGAUAAUUUCUCAUGAAAUACUAUAUUUAUUCUCAUAUGGUAAUUACAGAAUAUAGAAAAUUAAAAGCCAGGGAGUGCAAAGAUGUGUGAAUAUUAGUCAGGGAAUGCAAAGAUGUGCUGUUUUGUAGAGUACCUUUGUAUAAUGUCGGGGUUGAGUGGGUGGCCGGAGGAGCUGGCAUGUUAGCAAAUAAAAUAUAGUUGUCUUGGAAAUUUCUUGUGUUCACUUUUUAGUCUAAUUCUACUCUUUUUAUUAGGUGCCAAAAUACUACAAAAAUCUAUUACAAUUUGUAACUGUGCUGUUCUCUACAAACAUUUUUGUAUCAUUUAUUGAAAUGUUGUUCUAGAGUGACCUUAUAGUCCUUAUUUGAUGAUGUCACAAACGUGAGUCUAGUUUUCAGCAGCAGGGAAGAGCAUGUGGUCGUGGCUACUGCUCCUUGAUUUAAGUUGAUUUGAAGGUACUUUUGGUAUGUAGACAUUGCUACAUCAUAGUUUCCAUGCAUAUUUACAGUAAAUUGUUAUAUUUUAUAUGCCAGAUGUUAAUUUAUCUCUCUUUGUUUUCGCGAAUGGCACAAUCUAUUUCUGGAAAUAGUUGAUUCUAGCUACAAGGAAUGUGAAGAGCCUUUGUUGUGUUUAUGUGAACAUAUUAUUGAAUGUG